AGAAUUAACUAGGCUUCAAAAUGAAAGUGAGAAAGAAGAGUCACUAGAAGUAUUAAUCUGAACAAGAAUUAUUGCUGGUUGCUACACUAAUGAAAAAUACAGGAAUAGCAGAUGUUUUUGGUCCAGGCUUUGAGUAAGCUGAUGUUCUCCUUGCCUUCCGAAGAAGAACAAAAAGACAGAGAGUUAGAAUUGCAUCUGAGAUCAUACACCAAGACUGAUACGACAUUAAUGCUUUCUAUGUACAGCCACAUAAAGAUCUUCUCUAAGGAGCUGCUGUGGAACAAACCACUGGGAAUAAUUCUUCUCCAGUACAAUAUGGUGAAGCAGAGCAACUGACAUUGUCCACCUUGAACAGGCUAAGGACUUAACAUGUUUGUUAUUUUGUGAGAAGAGGAGAUCUUUGAGUGAACUGAAUGAACAUCUGAAAAUGCGGCCAUGGACUGGUUCUUGGCGUUGGAUUAUGCUCAUCCUCUUUGCUUGGGGAACUUUACUCUUUUAUAUUGGUGGACAUUUGGUACGAGACAGUGAGCACCCGGAUCACUCUAGUCGUGAAUUAUCCAAGAUACUUGCUAAACUUGAGCGUUUAAAGCAACAAAAUGAAGACUUAAGACGGAUGGCAGAAUCUCUCAGGAUACCAGAUGGUCCAGUUGAUCAGGGACCAGCUGCAGGAAAGGURCAUGCUUUAGAAGAACAACUUUUAAAGGCCAAAGAACAGAUAGAAAACUAUAAGAAGCGGACAGGAGAUGGCGGCCUGGGAAAAGACCAUGAAAUACUGAGGAGGAGGAUUGAAAAUGGAGCUAAGGAACUUUGGUUUUUCCUCCAAAGUGAAUUAAAGAAGUUGAAAAAUCUGGAAGGAAGUGAACUACAAAGACGUAUUGAUGAAUUUCUGUCUGAUUUGGGUCAUCAGGAAAGGUCAAUAAUGACCGACUUGUACUACCUCAGUCAAACAGAUGGAGCAGGAGAUUGGCGAGAAAAGGAGGCCAAAGAUCUAACAGAUCUGGUACAGAGGAGGAUAACUUAUCUUCAGAACCCUAAGGACUGCAGCAAAGCUAAGAAACUCGUGUGUAAUAUCAACAAAGGCUGUGGCUAUGGCUGUCAGCUUCACCAUGUCGUCUACUGCUUCAUGAUCGCGUACGGCACCCAGCGAACACUCAUUUUGGAGUCUCAGAACUGGCGCUAUGCUACCGGGGGCUGGGAAACUGUCUUUAGGCCUGUCAGCGAGACGUGCACUGACAGAUCAGGUACCACCACUGGACACUGGUCAGGUGAAGCUAAUGAUAAGGAUGUGCAGGUGGUAGAACUUCCCAUCGUUGACAGUUUACAUCCACGGCCACCAUAUUUACCAUUGGCCGUCCCYGAAGACCUAGCUGACAGGUUAAUUCGUGUUCACGGGGAUCCUCCAGUGUGGUGGGUCUCCCAGUUUGUCAAAUACUUGAUUCGUCCACAACCUUGGUUAGAAAAAGAAAUAGAGGAGGCCACAAGGAAACUUGGUUUCAAACAUCCAGUGAUUGGCAUUCAUGUCCGAAGGACAGACAAAGUAGGAACAGAGGCAGCAUUCCAUCCUAUUGAAGAAUAUAUGGUGCAUGUUGAAGAACGGUUUGAACUCCUUGCCCGCAGAAUGAAUGUUGACAAAAAAAGAGUAUAUUUGGCUACAGAUGACCCUUCAUUAUUGCAAGAGGCAAAAUCCAAGUAUCCAAAUUAUGAAUUUAUCAGUGAUAACUCCAUAUCUUGGUCAGCAGGACUUCAUAAUCGAUAUACGGAAAACUCCCUGAGAGGUGUUAUUCUGGAUAUUCACUUUUUGUCUCAAGCAGACUUCCUGGUCUGUACAUUUUCCUCACAGGUUUGUCGAGUUGCCUAUGAAAUUAUGCAGACAUUGCAUCCGGAUGCUUCAGCCUAUUUCCAUUCCUUGGAUGAUAUCUACUAUUUUGGGGGACAGAAUGCCCACAACCAGGUUGCUAUUUAUGCUCAUCAUCCACGAACUGCUGAUGAAAUUCCUAUGGAACCCGGAGAUGUAAUUGGAGUAGCUGGAAACCACUGGGAUGGUUAUUCAAAAGGCAUCAACAGGAAAUUGGGAAGAACAGGCCUCUACCCGUCCUAUAAAGUUAAGGAGAAAAUUGAGACAGUCAAGUACCCAACAUACCCAGAGGCUGACAAAUAGAGAAAAAACGAAGAGACUCAGCAGUAAUUCUCAGUUCCGAUUGGUUUGAGCCAGUCAACGUACUAACGGUUUAUAUGGGAUUUGAAUUUGCAUUUUAACAUGUAGUUAAAAUGAAAGCGAUUAGUACUGGAGCUGCAUAAGAACCUGAGAACAGAUGGAUGGGUUUUUAUUUGAACUUGCUCUUAAACAUUUUUUUUGUUAUAUGCACUCUCACACAUGCACACUCAAACCCACAUACAACAGGAAAACUGUUGUUUUAUACUAUUUGUCUCUUUUCAAGAUUUGUCCCAAAAAUUAGUCCUAUGCGAGCUUUUGGCUCUUUUCUUUGCCAUUAAUUGAGAAUAAUAUCUAGACUUAUAACACUGCCACAUUGUGUAAUAUGAGUGACAUGAACAUAUUUUGUAUGUGCAAAUUUUAAAACAUGGUGCCUAUAUUUGAAAGAUUUGUGACCUUUUWAGGAGAGCCAUGCCUAUUUCACUAAUGGGCAAGAGAUGAUCUUUAACUGGUGUUACCGUGACCACUGAACUUGCUUCAGACAACAAAUUCAAGUUUCACGCUAGAUUUCUUUCUUUAUGAGUUUAUUUUUUAGCAUUCCAUUGAUUACUACACAUCAUCAUUAAUAAAAUAAAGGAUACAUCCAACAAUAAAAUAGUUGCUGUCUGUUAGGAACUUUUGUAAAACAAUGCCAUAAACAAAUUCUUUAGUACUGAAUGUUUCUGGACAUUGCCUUUGAUUUGAUCAGCCAAAAAAAAAAAAAAGAAAAAAGAAAAAAAGCAAGCAAGAAAGAAAAAAUGUAGCUGAAGUUUCAUUGAAUUUUGAAACACUCAUGCAGUGAAACAACUGCUCAUGAGUGGCACAGUGUGUCUCGGUUCUGCACAGAAUGGGUUUCAACAGGGUGACUUUGGUGGCUCAGUUUUUUACAUUUAGUCUUUAGCACUAUUCCUUUACCUUACGAGUUUCUCCUCUGAAAGACUAAGCUUUUUUUAGCGCAMUUCAUUUUUUUGGCAUUGGAUAUAGUUGUUUUGAAGUAAAAUAUUCCAGGUUAUCCUGUUUAUAAAACUUGUCGAAUUAGAUGUGGUUUCAGAAGAGUGAGUAGAUGCUGUUUUCACUGCCCUCGCACUCAAAGAAUCUAGCAACUUACCCAGAAAAGCAGGAAGUUCCAAUAAAAUAGAAGGUACCAAUAAAAUAGAAGCAAAAGUGAAUUUUUAUACAUGAGAUGAAAUUGUUACCAAUUGUUCACGUUUUGAAAUCUGUUACUAUACAKUUUGCUCUUGCUCUCUAUAAAGAAAAGUGACAAUUUGAAAACUUAGUUUURAGAUAUUUUAAACAAAUUUUAGGUACGAAUUUGUAGAUUUGGGGCAUUAUAGAUAUGUGUGUAAGGUAUUA